CAUCCUGGUUUUACUUGUCUUUCUGUUUAUUCGCUGGCAAUCCAAUCAAUCAACAGAUAAGAAUGUUGGUUAGAUUUUAGAUCCACAGUAGCUGUAGAUAUAUUAAGUAAAAGUGUAAAUUCUGUUCAUUCAUGUCUUUUUACUAAAACUGGUGGGGCUACCUUCUUAGUCACUGUUUCUGGUCUUUCCCUUUUUCAUAUCACCACCGAUUCAUCAACUCAAACACUGUCAUUCAUUCAAUUCUUUCUCCAUGGCCACUAUUAAACCUGAUCCUCAGACUGUUGUAUCAGUAUCACUACUGGAAUCUGAAUCAGAUCAUCAUGACCAGUCUGUGGACAAGAAGGUUAGCGAAGAAAUACAAGCAACCAAAGUGGAAAACAUUUCUCCAGCCAAUGAUGAUGGAAAAAAAGAUGAAUUUGAAAAACCUGAAGAAGAGAAUUCUUCAGGUACCGAAAAUCCUGUUGGCAAUAUAUUGGCUUCAGAUAUUCCUCCGGAAGCUGAAAAAAAUGAUACAGAUAUUUCAGUUGGAGAACCUGAACCAUCUUCCAGGAUAGAUUCUGCAGGUAAGACUGUUGAAACAGAAAGCAAGGCAAAGCCAACAAGUGAAAAUUUAUCAGAGGAGAAAAUGGACAUUGGAGUAGCAGAGGAGAAACCGGAAACUGAAGCUAUCAAAGAAGUAGAAGAGGAGAAAUCAGGAGUUGAAGCAGUUGACAUUCUGUCAAAGGAGAAACCAAUAGGUGAAAAUGUUCAAGAGAAGAAACUAGCGGCCGAAAAUGUGCAAGAGGGGAAACCAGUUGCAAUUGAAGCAGUUGAAAAAGCAGAAGUUGAAAAAGCAAUUGAAGAAGAGAAUUCUUCAGGUAACGAAAAUCCUGUUGGCGAUAUAUUAGCUUCAGAUAUUCCUCCGGAAGCUGAAAAAAAUGAUACAGAUAUUUCAGUCGGAGAACCUGAACGAUCUUCCAGGAUAGAUUCUGCAGGUAAGACUGUUGAAACAGAAAGCAAGGCAAAGCCAACAAGUGAAAAUUUAUCAGAGGAGAAAAUAGAGAUUGAAGUAGCAGAGGAGAAACCAGAAACUGAAGCUAUCAAAGAAGUAGAAGAGGAGAAAUCAGGAGUUGAAGUGGUUGACAUUUUGUCAAAGGAGAAACCAAUAGGUGAAAAUGUUCAAGAGGAGAAACUAGCGGCCGAAAAUGUGCAAGAGAGGAAACCAGUUGCAAUUGAAGCAGUUGAAAAAGCAGAAGUUGAAAAAGCAAUUGAAGAAGAGAAUUCUUCAGGUAACGAAAAUCCUGUUGGCGAUAUAUUAGCUUCAGAUAUUCCUCCGGAAGCUGAAAAAAAUGAUACAGAUAUUUCAAUCGGAGAACCUGAACGAUCUUCCAGGAUAGAUUCUGCAGGUAAGACUGUUGAAACAGAAAGCAAGGCAAAGCCAACAAGUGAAAAUUUAUCAGAGGAGAAAAUAGAGAUUGAAGUAGCAGAGGAGAAACCAGAAACUGAAGCUAUCAAAGAAGUAGAAGAGGAGAAAUCAGGAGUUGAAGUGGUUGACAUUUUGUCAAAGGAGAAACCAAUAGGUGAAAAUGUUCAAGAGGAGAAACUAGAUGCCGAAAAUGUGCAAGAGAGGAAACCAGUUGCAAUUGAAGCAGUUGAAAAAGCAAUUGAAGAAGAGAAUUCUUCAGGUAACGAAAAUCCUGUUGGCAAUAUAUUAGCUUCAGAUAUUCCUCCGGAAGCUGAAAAAAAUGAUACAGAUAUUUCAGUCGGACAGCCUGAACGAUCUUCCAGGAUAGAUUCUGCAGGUACGACUGUUGAAACAGAAAGCAAGGCAAAGCCAACAAGUGAAAAUUUAUCAGAGGAGAAAAUGGACAUUGAAGUAGCAGAGGAGAAACCAGAAACUGAAGGUAUUAAAGAAGUAGAAGAGGAGAAAUCAGGAGUUGAAGCAGUUGACAUUUUGUCAAAGAAGAAACCAAUAGGUGAAAAUGUUCAAGAGGAGAAACUAGCAGCCGAAAAUGUGCAAGAGGGGAAACCAGUUGCAAUUGAAGUAGUUGAAAAAACAGAAGUGGAGAAGUCAGCAGCUGAAAAUGUGCAAGAGGUUAAACCAGUAGCAGCUGAAGUAGUUGAGACUACACGAGAGGAGAAACCAUCAGUUCAAAAUGUACAAGAAGAAAGACCAGUUAUUGAUGAGGUACAAGAGGAGAAGCCAUCGGUUGAAAUUGUACAAGAACAGAGCCUAGCACUUGAACAUGUACUAGAAGAGAAACCAGUUGUCGAAGAGGUGCAAGAGGAAAAGCCAGCUGUUGAGGAUUUACAAGAGAUGAAGCCAGCGGUUGAAGAUGUAGAGGAGGAGAAGAAGCCAACAAUCGAAGAAGUUCAAGAGAAGAAACCAGCAAUCGAAGAUGUGCUAGAGGAGAAACCGACAGUUUCAGAUGUGCAAGAAGAGAAACCAGCAGUUGUAGAUGUAAAAGAGGAGAAUCCAGCAAUUGAAGAUGUACUACAGGAGAAACCCGCAGUUGAAGAUGUGCUAGAGGAGAAACCCACAGUUAAAGAUUUACAAGAGAAGAAGCCAACAGUUGAAGAUGUACAGGAGGAGAAGCCAGCAGUUGGAGAUGUACUAGAGGAGAAACCAACAGUUGAUGUACAAGAGCAAAGGCCCGCAAUUGAAAAUGUACAAGAGAAGAAACCUGUAGUUGAAGGUAUAGAAGAGGAGAAACCAGCAGUUGAAGAUGUAAAAGAGGUGAAAUCAGCAGUUAAAGAAGCCAAAGAGGAGAAACCAACAGUUGAAGAUGUACAAGAAGAGAAAUCAGCAGUUGAGGAUGUAAAAGAGGAGAAACCAAAGGUUGAAGAUGUAAAAGAGGAGAAAUCUGCGGUUGAAUAUAUAAUAGAGAAGAAACCAGUAGUUGGAGAUGUACAAGAGGGGAAACCAGUAGUUGGAGUUGUACAAGAGGGGAAGCCAGCAGUUGGAGUUGUACAAGAGGAGAAACCAGCAGUUGAAGAUGUGCAGGAGGAGAAAACAGAUAAAUCAACGGUUGAAACUGCCCAAAAAAACCUAGAGGAGAAAUCAAAAAUUGAUGAUGUAGAGCCCCUUUCAUUGACUGAAGCAGUUGACAAAAUAAUGAAUACAAGCUCAAAUGAUGUUGCUGAAGGUCUGUUAAAAGAGGUUGCGGAAAUUAAGGAAGAAAAAAAUGUCGAAACUGAAGAGAAGAAUGGGAAAAUUGAAGAAGCAGUUGAAAGUGAAAGAAUCAAAGAUGUAGAUACGAAUGGUUCCAAUGGUGCUUCUGAAGCAGCAGAAAAGGGAGAGCAGGUUUCUAGAAAUGUGGAAGUGAUAAAUGAGAAAGAGACAAACAAUGACAAAGAGGAGACUAAGAAAGCUGAUACAGAAGAAGGUGUUGAUGAAAAUAAGUCCGAACCCCCAGCCAAGGAACCAUCCAAAGAAGGUGAUGACACAAAAAGAGUUAAAUCCACUCAGAAGUCAUCAGGGAACAUAAUGUCCAAGGUCAAACAAUCAAUGAUUAAGGUGAAAAAGGCUUUACUUGGGAAAUCUCCAAGCUCCAAAACCAUGCAGCCUGAAUCAAAAGGAGGUGAAAAAGUGCAUUAACUAAAUUUGAAGAAGAGGUAGUUUUAAGUUAUUAUUUGUUAUGCUGUCUCUGCGGGUGUGGUUAGGUAUGGUAUAUUUGUUUAAUUUUUCUUGGAUGGCUUACCUUGAUUUGGGUUUAUGAGCAGGUGUACAUAGCAGGUAAUGACCAUACACCUUUUAUGUGAGGAUUUGAAAGGUUUUUUUUUUUUUUGUUUCUUUUUUUUCCCACAGUAGCUACAUGCAAUACAUUGUCUUGGUUGAUACAGAGUAGUCUUUUGAGUGAGUGUCUGAAUGUUCAAUUGAAAGACAAUGUACUGAAUAUUGGUUUGUUUUAAUUCUGUUUCAAAUGGUUAUUAAGUUUUAAUA